UCCAGAGGCGAUUACUGGGCAGGCUCAGCCUUUCGCCUCAGUCUCUAGCUGUAGCUGGCUGCCAGGCGUACGCGCUCCCGAGUCUUCAGAACCCGUGGCCGCCAUCUACAGCGCUUAGGUUUCUCCUAGGCUUAUCUGCACCACUUGCUCACCACACACUCCGCCACUGUAAACCGCCAUCAUGGUAAAGCUCUCAAAGGCUGGUAAAAAUCAAGGUGACCCGAAGAAAAUGGCACCUCCCCCAAAGGAGGUAGAAGAAAGUGAUGAUGAGGAAAUGUCAGACGAUGAAGAAGACGACAGCAGUGGAGAAGAGGUUGUCAUCCCUCAGAAAAAAAAUAAGAAAGCUGUUAUGACUCCAGCAAAAAAAGUAAUGGCUUCUCCAACCAAAAAGGUGGCAAUUGCCACACCUGCCAAGAAGGCAGUUGUCACCCCAGGGAAGAAAGUGGUGGCCACUCCUGCCAAGAAGACAGUGAUUCCCGCCAAGGCAGUUGCAGUGUCUGGCAAGAAGGGAGCCGUACCAGGUAAAGCUGUUGUCGCUGCCCCAGGUAAAAAGGGCACUGCUGCCACAGCCAAGGGGGCAAAGAAUGGCAAAAAUGCCAAGAAGGAAGACAGUGAUGAGGAUGAGGAAGACGACAGUGAGGAGGAAGACGAGGAUGAGGAGGAUGAGGAUGAAGAUGAAGAAUUUGAGCCAAAAGUAAUGAAAGCAGUGGCUGCAGCCCCCGCCUCAGAGGACGAAGAUGAGGAAGACGAGGAGGAUGAGGAGGACGAGGAGGAUGAGGAGGACGAGGAGGAUGAGGAGGACGACUCUGAGGAAGAAGCCAUGGAAACAACACCGGCCAAAGGGAAAAAAGCACCUGCAAAAGCUGCCCCUGUCAAAGCCAAGAGUGUGGCUGAGGAGGAGGAGGACGAGGAUGAGGAUGAAGACGAUGAGGAUGAAGAUGAUGAUGAGGAGGAGGAGGACGAAGAUGAGGAUGACGAGGAGGAGGAGGAAGAGCCUGUCAAAGAAGCACCUGGCAAACGAAAGAAGGAAAUGGCAAAACAGAAGGCAGCUCCUGAAGCCAAGAAACCAAGAACGGAAGGCACAGAACCCACUACAGCGUUCAAUCUCUUCGUUGGAAAUCUGAAUUCUAACAAAUCUGCUCCUGAACUAAAAACUGGUAUUAGUGAAGCUUUUGCUAAAAAUGAUCUCACUACUGUGGAUGUCAGAAUUGGUACAAAUAGGAAGUUUGGCUAUGUAGACUUUGAAUCUGCUGAAGACCUGGAAAAGGCCUUGGAACUCACCGGUUUAAAAGUCUUUGGCAGUGAAAUUAAAUUAGAGAAGCCCAAAGGAAAAGACAGCAAAAAAGAUCGAGAUGCAAGAACACUUUUGGCCAAAAAUCUCCCUUACAAAGUCACUCAGGAUGAAUUAAAAGAAGUGUUUGAAGAUGCCGUAGAGGUCAGACUAGUCAGCAAGGAUGGGAAGAGCAAAGGGUCUUUGAACUCUUGCAAUAAAAGGGAAAUUGAGGGCAGAACGAUCAGACUGGAGCUGCAAGGACCUAGGGGGUCACCUAAUGCAAGAAGCCAGCCAUCUAAAACCUUGUUCGUCAAGGGUUUGUCUGAGGAAACAACUGAAGAGACCUUAAAGGAAUCAUUUGAUGGUUCCAUUGGAGCAAGGAUUGUCACCGACCGGGAAACUGGCUCCUCCAAGGGGUUUGGUUUUGUGGACUUCAAUACUGAGGAAGAUGCCAAGGCUGCCAAAGAGGCCAUGGAAGAUGGUGAAAUUGAUGGAAACAAAGUCACCUUGGACUGGGCCAAACCUAAGGGCGAAGGGGGCUUUGGGGGCCGUGGAGGUGGCCGAGGCGGCUUCGGGGGCCGGGGUGGCGGCAGAGGUGGCCGAGGUGGAUUCGGAGGCAGAGGCCGGGGAGGCUUUGGAGGGCGAGGUGGCUUCCGAGGAGGCCGGGGAGGAGGUGGAGACCACAAGCCACAAGGAAAGAAGACGAAGUUUGAAUAGUCCCUUCUGUCCCUAUCUAUACCUGUUUGUUGGAAAGAAAGGACUCUGGGGUUUUACUCUGUUACCUGUCGAUGACAGAGCCUUCUGAGGACAUUCCAGGUGGUGUGCAUCCUGUGGUCUGCUUGGGAGUGUAGCGAUCACACUUCAGGAGAGGUGUACUUGACAUACCCUGUUGGUUUUGACUGGAGAUUCAUAAACUUUUUAAAAGAGA